AUGUGUCGAAUAUCUAGAACUGGUGAUGACGGCUGGCAGGACAGCAGCGAUUCCUCCUCCCCCGCCCCCCCUCCCACCCCGCCAGAGCAACAGGAAGCAAGCACUACGUAUGAACAGAUGAUCUCUUUCUGUGCAGUGGCUGGUCAGGCUCCUGUCGUCUCAGUGGAGCCCCGGACUGCUACUGUGCGCCAAGGGGAGUCUGCCAGCUUUAGAUGCCAGGUGGCAAGAGGUGCACAGCCAAUCCAACUGGAGUGGAAGAGAGCCAAUAACCAAGCAUUACCAGACAAUGCUAAGACUGGUCCUGAUGGCUCUGUGCUGACGGUUGCCAACGCCCGACCUGAAAAUCAGGGCCAGUACCGCUGCGUGGCAGCCAACUCUGCAGGCCGCAGCACUGCCGCGGCUGUGCUGAACGUCAAACAUGCUCCUAAAGUACACCUGACACCAGCCGGGCCCCUGCGGGUCAGGAUGGGUUCCCCUGUGUCAGUGGAGUGUCGUGCCACAGGCAGGCCACGCCCCACGUUGACCUGGAAACGCCAAGGCUCCACCCUGCAGUUGGUUACCAAGGAGACGAAUGAUGUCAACACAAUACAGUGGCCUGUAGUGCAUCCAGAGGACUCAGGAGUUUAUAUUUGCCAGGCUGAAAACAAUGAGGGGGUGACAGAAAUCAAAGUUGAGGUUAUUGUUGAGGGGCAGCCGGGAGCACCGGUGGCUUCAGUGGGAGCUGCAGAAAUGACAGUGGUGGACGGACGUACAGUCACAAUGGAGUGCCAGGCCAGUGGUUCCCCUAUUCCUGUCAUCAGCUGGUCCAAGCUGCGAGCACCAUUGCCAUGGAAACACACAGUGGUCGGUGGAGUUUUGACACUGACCAGUGUGGGGCGCCAAGAUUCAGGACAAUACAUCUGUAACGCUACCAACGUUCAUGGCUACAGUGAAGCAUACACGCAAAUGGAGGUGGAGAGUCCCCCGUACGCCACCUGCCUGCCCGACCAGAUUAGGCUCCAGCCCGGAGAUGCCCUGCGCCUCCAGUGCCUUGCCCACGGCACUCAUCCCAUUCACUUUGAAUGGAGCCGGGGGGGCAGGGUGAGCCUGCCUCCAGGAGCAGAGACCACAAGGGAUGGAAAGCUGCUGAUAGCCCGCGUUAAACUGAGCGACAGCGGAACAUACAAAUGUGUGGCCUCCAACCAAAUCGGCAACAGUGAGGCACUGGCCAAAGUCAUCAUAAAAGCUUAAUCCAUUGUGGCCACACUGUGUCUGAUUGACAAACCAUCUAUGCAGCGCUUACAACUUCUUCAAGCCAGAUGGCUAAUACCAUAGAUAUAGAACAGUUCUAUAUAUAUAUAUAUAUAUAUAUAUAUAUAUAUAUAUAUAUAUAUAUAUAUAUAUAUAGUUCUAUAUCUAUGGCUAAUACUGAGAAAACAGAGCAAAUUAUUUUUAAUAGAUUCUUAAAUACUGACGUUGAAAGUGAAAGAAAUCAAUGCUGUUUGAACUUUUGAUUUUAUUGCACAUACUGUAUGGGGUUAACUUUGUACUUUUAUAGAAAACCGACACUGUUGCCAUUGUUGCUCCUGUCUCAUAUUGCCCGUUGAAAAGCUUUUCCCUGGAGCUCAGUGUGGACUGACGUCCUACAGAAUGUGUGUGUGGGAGUUUGUUCUGCUGGAAUGCCUCUGCACCCCGUCUGCCUCCCUUCCUGUUAUCUGCUCAGUCCACACUGUUGCACUUCCAAAAGUGAAAGGAGGACACAAAACAAAGAAAAAAAUGAUCUAAUAUAAAACCCCUCAUUAUGCCAAUAAAUAUCAGAACAAUAAAGACAAAAUAAAAACAAUUUCA